AUGGAAGAUCCCUGCAAUGCAGAUUCACUGUUCAUUGGCGUGUUCUUCGUCCCCAACACCAAGAGGCUCAAAUGCUGCUUCUUUACUGACGGAGACAGCGACGAUGCCGAUUUCCCUGCACAGGCCCUACCUGGAUGCGACUGUCAACCAGGGACUGGAAGUCGGUAUAACUCCGUUGAGUGGCCGUCGAAUGAUGUUCCCACCGAGUUCUAUUCUCGUUUUCGAGGACGACGCUGCUACUGCUUUCCGCCUGGAGCUCCCGUUACAACCAUCCGUGAUGGCGAAGUAGCCGACGUGGAUAAAAUCACCACAACGGGAAUUACUCUCCGCCUGGAUCACGAGCUCCUGAAGAACGAGGAAUGGUCAGGAGGCUCGCUUCUUUAUAUGGUCGAACAUGCUGGCAGCUGGGUGGAGAAGCAAUUCAGCGAGCUUGACGGCAGUGUCACUUUGACGGAACAAAGAAGUGUCACUUUCGUCGUCAAGAGCAAAAGCGGGCAAAACUACCUACACGCCGCGGGAGGAGGCAAUAUGCGUGUCUCCUUCCCCGGAGCGUACGUCAUCUGUCCCAAUGGACGCGUAGUGGAGUGUGCUUUGACUGCCAACGCUCAUACACCGACACACCAGCAGCACGAGGCGCUCGUCACUCAGCUGAUCAGGCAACUUAGGAGUAAAGCGCUUCUAUUCGCCAAAAUUCUGACGGGCGAUGAGACGCGCAAGACACAGGGGAACGCAGCACACACCUCAGCCACCCUGGGAGACAAGGAAAUCGUCGGCGAAGCAGUCCACGAGCUCGAAUGCCUUCUCGACUUGGACGAGCAAUGUCAGCAGGCAGCGAAGCACUUGAAACUCGAGCAGCUGAUUCUCAUGAGAGAACGAAAUGCGUAUCUGGAAAAACUAGGCGAAAUUGAACGUUUCUGCGAAGCAAAAGACUGGAAGGAUAACCAACAUGAGGAGCAGGAGCUGCUUGAUCUCCUCAAGGAAAUUCUGUACUCUGAAGAUGCUGAGCCAGUGUAG